UCUAGAUAAGAAGCUAAUAAACGAAAAUAAAAAAAAUCUGUUUUUCCUGUGCACAAGUUAUAUCAUUAAUAAUGUGCAAGGGAAGUGUUUCGUUAGUUUGUUUUGUUUUUGUGUUAAUUGUGCAAAUACAUAAUGCCGAAUUUCGUGCAUACGAAGAGAUUGCAGUUGUUGAACCAGAAAUUGCAGCUGCAAUCACAGCAAAUCACGAUAAGCGUAAAAAUGCACGUUCGAUGAUUUGCUAUUGCGAUGGCAGUUGCCCGAACAAUGUAAGCAACGGUACCUGCGAGACACGACCAGGUGGCAGUUGUUUCAGCGCCGUCGAAGAGGUUUACGAUGAGACAACAGGCACAUAUGAGGAGGAGCGCACAUUUGGCUGUAUGCCCCCCGAGGAUAAUGGCGGAUUGUUAAUGUGCAAAGUGUCAGUUAUGCCUUAUUUACAUGGGAAAAAUAUUGCCUGCUGUGAUGAGAAGGAUUUAUGCAAUCGAGAGCUGCAGCCAGACUUUAUGCCGAAGCUGACGACACCGCCACCCGAACUGCCCGUUAGCCGGGAAUCCAUUCAUAUAGUGACACUCCUGGCCAUCAUUGUGCUCCUCUUCGUGUUUAUUGUGUUUGUCGUUGCAUUAUGCGGUUUUCUCAAACGUCGCAAUAAACUGCAAAAGCAACCACGUUUGAUCAACUCCAUGUGCAAUUCUCAGAUAUCGCAGUUAGUCGAACAGAGCUCGGGCUCUGGAUCUGGUCUUCCGCUACUGGUGCAACGCACAAUUGCCAAGCAGAUACAAAUGGUGCGCCUCGUGGGCAAGGGACGCUACGGCGAGGUGUGGCUGGCCAAAUGGCGCGAUGAACGAGUAGCUGUCAAGACCUUUUUCACCACCGAGGAAGCAUCCUGGUUUCGCGAAACAGAAAUCUAUCAAACUGUGCUGAUGCGUCAUGAGAAUAUUUUGGGUUUUAUUGCGGCUGAUAUAAAAGGAAAUGGCAGUUGGACACAAAUGCUUUUGAUCACCGAUUACCAUGAAAUGGGCAGUCUGCACGAUUAUCUCUCCACAUCGGUGAUCAAUCCACAAAAGCUACAGCUGCUCUCUUAUUCCCUGGCAUCCGGUUUGGCACAUCUGCAUGACGAAAUCUUUGGCACACCGGGCAAACCAGCCAUAGCCCAUCGGGAUAUCAAGAGCAAGAAUAUAUUGGUCAAGCGGAAUGGGCAAUGCGCUAUUGCUGACUUUGGAUUAGCGGUUAAGUACAUAUCGGAACUGGAUGAGAUCCAUAUUGCACAGAAUACACGCGUCGGCACACGUCGCUACAUGGCGCCAGAAGUGCUCGACCAGACGUUGAAUCCACAGCAAUUCGAAGAAUUCAAACGUGCCGACAUGUACUCUGUCGGCCUUGUCCUCUGGGAGAUUGCCAGACGUUGCUAUACGCCCAUAUCGGGCACAAAGACAACUGCUUGCGAGGACUAUGCGCUGCCAUAUCAUGAUGUGGUGCCGUCAGAUCCCACAUUUGAUGAUAUGCAUGCAGUUGUCUGCGCCAAGGGCUAUAGACCGCCCAUACCAAUGCGUUGGCAAGAGGAUGAUGUGCUAGCCAGCCUCUCGAAGAUCAUGCAGGAAUGUUGGCAUCCAAAUCCAACGGUGCGCUUAACAGCGCUGCGUGUUAAGAAAACGCUUGGACGCCUUGAAGCGGACUGCCUUAUCGAUGUGCCCAUGAAAAUUGUCUAGGGGAACUACUAGUAAAGAGCA